UCCCCGGGAUCCGGCAGCUCCCCCCCGCCGCUGACCCGGGGGCAGAGCGCUGGGCCUGGUGGCGAUCCUGGAAUACGGGGGAGGGUUAAUUUCGGGGUGUUUCCGCGCCGAGGCGCGGUCGGGUGGGCUCGCUGGUUGCGCGCGUUUCACGCUAAGGCGUCUGUGAAAGAGGAGGCAAAAGGGCUGCUCGCCGCGUUACGAAUACUUCUGCAACCGUUCGGGGGGGAGGGGUUACCUCACGGUACCUUCCUACGCCUCUCUGAGGAGCGUCCAGUGCCUCCACACGGCCUCGGUGAUACUGCAACAGCAGACAAGGGCAUUGAAUCUCAUCCCUCGCACCGUGCCAUCAGGGAGGGACGGCUUACCCCUCGGUGCUCCUGGUUUGGAUCCCGAGGGACUGCCACAGGCGGGAAAUCCCCAGCUGGAGACGCUGGUUUAAAGGUGCGCGUUUGGCCCACGAAGCACACCAACAGAGGAAUGCAAGCUUCAAAGAAUAACAGUACAGAAAAGGCAGAACCAUUCUACAGGCUUUCAGUUCCAAGGCAGAAGACCAGUUCAGAGAUUAUAAAUGAAGCCAGAAACGCUCUACGAACACUAAGAACUCGGAGACCGUUUACACCUACAGAGGAUGAAAGGAAACUUUUUGGAACUGGAUCCUCACGAGCUCGUCAAAAUAGACCCCCUUCAGUUUUUAGUCUUCAUGCAUCCAGUUUUGAUUUGACUGAAUCAAGACCAGUGUCUGGUGUUCGUCUUAUUCCACUGGAUCAUAAACCAAUACUAGUCACUUUUUCAGAAGAUGAAGAUUCUUCCAUUUCCAUUCCAAAUCCUCCUGCUGAUGCUGCAGGGGUUAGAAAAGUCAGCAGUGCUCGGGCACGCUUAUUGAGAAGAACUUCUCAGGGAAACUUCAUUUCUGCUAAAAUGGUCCCCCCUGAUCAGAAUGAAGAAAAGCUAGAUUCUGAAGAACCAGCUAUAAUGAAUAAUCUCUGCAGAAGUAAUAAUAACUGCUUAGCAGAGCAGAGGUCAUACACACCAUUUAAUGAUGAAAGUAGGCAAUUAAUUUGUAAUGAGCGUAUCAGCAGAUCGGAGAGGGAAGACUACCUAAAAGGGACAGCAGGAAAAUUUUUAUUUAAACUGAGAGGAGAAAGAAGUGUCAACAGUGAUGGCAGAUUUGCUGAUGAAGAGCAGCAGUUUCCCUGUGAUGAAAUGAAAACGCCUGGCACAAGUUCAUCAUGGCCAAGGAGUACCAGCUGGAAGAGAAGAGUAACAGGCUUAGAGGAUGAAACAAGAAUAAAUGAAUCAGAAGAGGAAGAAAUCUUUUGGCAUACAAAGAUUCUACCAAUUCUUCAUGAACUGGAAAAAGAAGACAAUAUAGAAAGUCUUUGUCUGGCUUGCACCAAGCUCUAUCAAGCCUUGAAUGAAGGGAAUAUGCUUAGAAAAAGAUUUAAAAGAAGAAGUAUGCUUCUGAAGACAUUAUAUAAACUUGUAGACACUGAUUCAGAUCCACUUUGCCUGAAGCUGUUGAAGGUUAUUCUGUCUAUGAAAGUGGAUGGAAAAAAUCUUCUCAGUGUUUGCAAGCUUGCAUUUAAAAUUUGCAGGAAUGAAAAAAAUGAUUACUUAAUUCAAAAUGAUAGAUUAUUGGAUUGUUUGUUGGAGGUCCUGAGAACUGAAGAUCUACAAAAAAACAAUGAAGCUCUCCUGUAUUGCCUGGGAGCUAUAAAAUUCAUGUCUGGAAAUGCAGUACUACUUAAUGAAAUGGCCAGCAAAGGAGCUGUUGAAAUGUUGCUGCAAUUAGUGAAGCAGAUUAAUAAUAUAAAAGAAAAUGACACACAUUUCUUCAACUUGGGCCACCUAUUAGUCCAGCUGACAGCUACUUUGCGAAACUUGGCUGACUUACCUCCGGCAAGACGCCAACUCAUUAGCAGUGGUGCAGUCUCUGAGCUCUGUGUGGCGCUAGAGCAGCGUAUGAAUGAUAAGGAUGUAUGCACCUAUAUUGUCAGGAUAUUCAGCAAACUUUCUUCCUACAAUGACUUCUGUGCAGCUUUAGCAGACUGCUCCAGAUGUUACAUCUUAUUUUUAGCCCUACUAAACAAACACCAGCAGCAGCAGGAUUUGGUUAUCCGUAUCAUCUUCAUUCUUGGUAAUUUAACAGCAAAGAAUAACAAGGCCCGUGAGCAAUUUUUUAAAGAAAAAGGAAGUGUUAACACCUUGAUAUCAUUAUUCCAAACCUACCAUGAACUUGAUUUGAAUGCACAGAAAUGUUACCAUGAAAAAGGAGGGGAAGGGAAAAAACACCCAAAGCAUCCUUCAGAAGCAGAAGAUGUUCUGAUAAAAUUGAUAAGAGUGCUGGCCAACCUCUCCAUUCAUCCCAGCGUAGGAGCAGCUCUGACAGCUGCCCAUCGUGUUGUAGAACUACUUGUCACAGUACUAGAAUACAAGUCAAUUGAUGAUUGUGAGGAGUUGGUCAUCAAUGCUGCAACAACAAUCAACAAUUUAUCCUACUACAAAGUGGAGGGUUCUGCUGUUCAAGACAAGAAGCUGCACAUUGCUGAAAUGCUUUUAAAGCUGUUAAUGAGCAGCAAUAUGGAUGGAGUUGUGGAGGCUGUCAGAGUCUUUGGCAAUCUUUCCCAGUAUCAUGAGAUCUGUGACUUCAUCAUACAAAAAAAGAUAUACAAGUUCAUGAUUGCUUUGCUUGAUGCCAAGAACCAAGAUGUCUGUUUUUCUGCCUGUGGAGUUCUGCUCAAUCUCACAGUAGAUGAGAACAAACGAGCUUUUCUGAUUGAAGAAGGAGGAAUUGGAAAGUUAGUUGACUGUUUGCAAGACUUUGGGCCCGCAGACUGGCAGCUGGCUUGUUUGAUAUGCAAAACCCUGUGGAACUACAGUGAAAACAUCACGAAUGCGGCCUCGUGCUUUGGAGAAGACACUGACACGUUGCUGGUGCUGCUCAUGUCACUCUUAGAUGAAGAGCUAGCGUUGGAUUACAGCCUUGACAGAGAUUCAAGGGACUACCACAAACUGUAUUGGGAAAGAGAGUUCAAACCUGUGGCAGAAAAACUUCUUGAUAGAAUUCAAAGCCGUCGCUCCUUUCUUCCAACCGUGACUGUUACUCCAUUUUAGUCAUUGUUUGUUUUUUGUGGUGUAGAUUGUACAGCUCUAUAUUUCUAAUAUACUUGUACACUGCCAUUGGCGAACAUGGCAAUUUGAUUUUUAAAAAGUCAGUAAAGCCUGGAAUUUACAUACUGGA